AUGGCCAAGAAAACAGACGAGGUCGAAGAGGUCGACAACUACGAAAAGCGGCUGCCUGCAUUGCUGCCAUUUGCGAGACCGCUCGCGUCCAAGAAACUGAACAAAAAAGUGCUCAAGACCGUGAAAAAAGCAUCCAAAUCCAAACAUGUCAAGAGAGGUGUGAAGGAGGUGGUCAAGGCCCUGAGAAAGGGCGAGAAGGGACUCGUCGUCAUUGCCGGCGACAUUUCACCUGCCGACGUCAUUUCCCACAUUCCUUGUCUGUGCGAGGACAACUCUGUUCCAUACCUUUUUGUGCCGUCGAAAGAGGACCUUGGGUCUGCCGGAGCCACCAAGAGACCAACCUCCUGUGUGAUGAUCGUCCCGGGAGGCGGAAAGAAAGACGCAAAGAGCGAGGAGUACAAAGACAGUUUUGACGAGAUCGUGAAGGAAACGCAGAAGUUGUAG